UACGAAGCAGUCGGCAGGAUCACCAACACUACAGAUAUUACAACAACGGAUACAUUCUACAUUGCGGACACCAUACCUGAAAAAAAUCUGGGAAACCAAGCGUUGUUUUCCGCUUUCGGCUCGCAUUCAUACAUCAUUUAGUGACGGGAAAGUAAUGUAAAAAUUACUUCCCACUGCAAUUCGAUCAAGGACGGAGUGCCCGGCAAUAAUAUGUACUGUGCCGGCAAUUGUUGGUCCGAGUGAUGUUUUGGCAGCUCUGUCCUUGGAUUCGUCCUUGAAGUCCGUCCAUUGUUAUUAUCAUCUUUUACGGGCCUCCUCUGAAGACUUCAGAUGCCAUAAAAAUGGAGGAACUUCAUGAGGGUGGAGGCUCUCUGGUGUCCGAGGAGCAGGAAGCCCCCAAAGACCUGAGUGUAAAAGCACGAAAGCUGAAGCCAGUUCCGCCUCCCCUUGACCUUCGCCUGGGCACUGGCACACCGACCGACACUUCUUACCGUCUCCAGUUACCUCCGCCGUCCCCUCUGAGUCCUAAUGGACAGAAGUCUCUGCCCUUCCGCAAACGGGCUCACAGCCUGUCCGGCCAGGAAGCCGCGGUCUCACCUGCUCCGUACGCCCCGACCUCGGCAGGCAUCAAAGAAGAGACCCACAGCCGCGGUCGUGGGCCUUUCAGUGUCGAGCGUCUCUUGGCGCCCCCGUCGGCCUUGCUGAGUCCGUCCUCCCUUGGCUCAAGCCAAGAGGAACUUUGCUCACCCCUUUGGCCGCCCCCGCUGCCACCAGGUCCCCGACCUGUAUGGCACUGUUUCGGACCCGGGUCCAAGGUCAGGCUAGGCGCUUCGUGGCAAGCAGUCGAGGAACUGGGAGCGUCUUGGAGCCCAGACUGGCCAUUGCAGGUUGAAACCUUGCACUUGCUAGGGCAACGAUUGCUUUUGCAAAUGCAUCAUCCAGCUGAGAUUCGACGCCCUUGGGAAGGUUGCAUUGCAGCCGAGUGUGAGCUCGAACAUCCUUUCCUCGUUCAAGACAAAGGCUGGUGUGCCGCCUAUCCUGACUUAGCCUUGCAGAAAUAUGGACUUGUUUGCCAGCCCUUGGAUAAGGGAGACAUUUUGCUCGCACCUACCAAACUGCCAAUGAACUCGCCUGAUAUUUGCGACAGAUUUAAAAGAUUUUCGUUCACUACUGAGGAGCAGCAAAUGGUUUUGUCUUCUGCGGCAAAUCAAGGUGGUGUCAUGAAUGCAUCGCCCGAUGGCCUCUUGUCUCCGCCAGUGUCUCCUGUUAAGAAAGUGCUUGAUCCUAACAGACCAAAACGGCCAAUGAACGCAUUUAUGCUGUUUGCGAAAAAGCACAGACUUGAACUAAUCCAGAAACACCCUGGGAAGGACAACAGAGCUAUUAGUGUUUUGCUGGGCGAGUCGUGGCGCAGUCUUCCGCAAAAUGAACGGGAAGUUUUUGUGCAAGAGGCCAGACUGCUUGCAACUGAACAGAAACGUUUGCACCCUGAUUGCUGGAAGCGAAAGAGAUCUCACUCAACCCCCAGCUAGAUCUCAUGACCAAAGAUCUCGAUUUGUCAGCCUCGCUCGACCAAAGACACCAAUGAACCGCCUCAAGACGUCAAUCCUCCUUCAUUGUCUUGGUCUUUCGAUUAAAAUAUAUUGUUUUUUGGCACUGGUAAAAUUUUAUAAUGCUGAAAUUUCAUGUUGAAAAUGAAUAUUAUGUUAUUGGAUAGUUUUAUUGUUAGAGAAAUUUUUACCGUCAACUUCUAUAUGAGAUCGUUUAUCUAUAUUUUCCUGAUCAUAAUGCAAUUUGCUUUUAACAAAUUUUAUCACUUUCAUUGAUCUGCACUUUGUAUUAAUUAAGCUGCAAUACAACCUAAAACAGAUUAAUUACCCUGUUUUAAGUUACUGUUUUGAAGAUUUUGGAUUUAACGAACUAUAUAGACCACAUAUGUGUUGCUCUAAUUGAUAGUUAUUCAGCAGACAGCUGAAUUUAAAAUCAUGUUUCUUAGACGAAAAUAGGAAAUAGAUUUUAGUUUUGACGUGAUAAGAUUUGAAAUUAUUGUCUUCCGACUUUGAAAAGUAAAGAAAAAAAAUGUAAUUUUCUUAAACACUUACAACCUUGUUAAUAUUGCAGAUGCAGAUUGGAGUAGCCAGUCAAGAGCUAUAUUAUUAACAAUUAGUGCAAAUUAAAACACAGCUGACUUGACCUUGAGACAAUAGAAUGUGGCAUU